AUGUCAUUGCGAUCGAUUGAAAUCAAUGAUGAUGAAUAUGAUCUUGCGAGCGAUAUCCAUGGAAUGAUUCAAGCUGUAUCAGAUGAGCAUUCCGCCACAUCGCUCAUACUUGCUAACUUGGUGGCUCGACGAAUGCGCGAAUUCCAAGAAAACGAAGACGAUUUCACCGGCCCUGGAACUGCUCCACCAGAUCUCUUGGAGAGUCUUAGCUCAAAUGAUACCGACGAAGUCAGCCACGAAUUCCUGCGGGAUAUAGCCUAUUCCAUGGAUCUUAAAACCAUGCCUGAGAACUUGUUGCUUCUCGUUCUCCCCAUGUUACUGCAUGUUGACACAAAACUUCCGACCCCCGAGGACCUUCACGCUAUACAUGAAUUUGCUGAAGCAUCUCCAGCUCAUCGAGAGCAUGUGGAAGCAUGGUUGAGAUCUGAACCGGCUCAAAGCACACUUGAACAGGUUUUUAAGCCAUGGAUGAACUAUUACAGCUUCAAACCCGCGUACCAAUGCAGAGAGGAGAUCGCGGCUUACAAAGCUAGCCGAGGUGGCUCUGGAUUUAAUUAUGCGUAUGAAUUCGUGAAAGAAUGUCAAUGUACAAGCUGCCUCUCGCUUCUCGGCCAACUUGGGUUGGUCGAUUUCAGAAACUACGACCAAAAUGGGAGAAGCUUCCUUCACGCAGCUAUCGAGGGCGGUGAUGUCGAAAGUGUAAUGUUCAUUGUCGCUAUCUUGCUGAAAGGAGGCGUGGAUCCUCGGCACUUUCCCACGUCUGUCGACGGGAUGUCUAUUCCACACCAUGUGGCUUUGAUGCACGACAAUGAUGUCUUUAGGGGAGUCGUUGAGUUCCUAGAGGAUGCCGGCUACCCUCUAUCUGUGUGGAACGAUGAUGGCCUCAAACUCGAGCUGUGUAGUUUCAUCACGGCUGAACUGGCCGAACGGCUCCUGUCAAAAGGAUUCAAUAUCACCAAGCUCCCUAGAAACACACUUCCAAUGUAUCUGCCUAAAGAGGAUGACCCCGAGUAUGAGGAGUUAGCAUCCGACGAGUGGAACCGCGAUGCAGAUUACGGUGAUCCGAUCAUCCGGGACGAAGAUUUCGACAUGGACAAUGACACGCUCGACCCAGAAUCGAUUCAAUAUGAUGGAGUUGGAAUCAAUCCCAUCGAACUCCAUCCCACCUCUCGAACCAUCUGGCACCGGGCAAUCGAGAAUCCCGAAGGCCCACGAAUCCUUGACUGGCUGCUGGAUCACUCAUUUACCCAACCCGGGUGUCGAAGCGACUUCGACCGAGACUCUGGCGAGACUGCUCUGGCAGCUGGGGCAAGAGGAUCCGAGCCAGCUGGAAUUGAUUGGUUCUGUCAACACUGUGAUCCCAUGGAAGGGCGGAUCCGAAAUUCCCAGGACACUCAGGCGGAUGAAAGCGCAAGCGCUUAUGUGUUACAAGUAGCAGCUCAUAACCUCCGGCCGCAUUGCGAUAUCAUUUUCAAAAAACUGUUGCGCCAUGUGAACCAGCAGUUUUACUGGGACGUUUCUAUGAUCAAGGGUUUGUAUUGGCUGAUUAUCAAGAAUUAUCGCGAUAUGUACCAAAGGUUGGAAGAUCACAAGGAGCCAGGUCGCGAGAGAGCCCAGCAAAUGGCUUCACUGCGCUCACUCACUUCGGCUAAAACCAGAGCGCUGAAUAACAGACUAGAGCCUUUCUGGGAUACUUGGGGCCCAUCUGAACAGCGAAACUGGCUCAUUCAGUACUGUACGAUUCUAAGGCUAAAUUUCCUUGUGAAAGAUUUAAGUUCAGAUGAUUGGGAUAAUGCUGAUUAG